AUGGGUUUUGGUACAAACAGAUGGGUUGAGGUCCGUAUAGACAGAGCUCUUUCUUCUCAUAGUUGGUUACACAUGUUCCCAAUGGCAAAGCUUUUCAAUCUAGAAUUGUCUACUUCUGAUCAUUCCCCUCUGUUGUUGGAGCCAAGAUUCACUCAAUCUAGCCCUUUAGAGAAGAAGUUUCAUUUUGAAAAUGCUUGGUUGAGAGAGCCGGUUUUCCAGCAAAUUGUUAGUGAUGUUUGGGAUAGUUGUACCAAUAGGGAUAUUCAAGGUAAGCUGGCUUACUGUGGUCAGGUGUUGGGAAAUUGGGGGAAAGAAGUUACUGGAAACUUUAAUCAAAGAAUUAAUUUGUGUAAGAAGAAUCUCAGACGGCUAAAAGGUAGAAGAGAUGUUGGGGCAGUACAAAGAUAUAAGGAGGAGCAACAGAAAUUAUAUGAAGCUCUUACUCAAAAAGAGAUCUUCUGGAGUCAAAGAUCAAAGCAACUUUGGUUAAAAGAAGGAGAUCAAAAUACCAUGUUUUUCCAUGCUUCAGCAAGUGCAAGACAUAGGAAGAAUCACAUUUCUAGAUUGAGGAAUGCCUCUGGUGAGUGGGUAGAGUGGAACUCGGGCCUAGCUGAUACUAUUAGCAAUUAUUUCACUGGAUUGUUCACUGCCAGGCACAUGGAUUGGAGUGCGAUUACUAAUUGUAUUCAGCCUAGUAACACUGAUCAACAAAAUAUGGAGCUUUUGAAACCAGUGGAAGAAGAAGAACUGAAAGCUGCUCUAUUUCAGAUACACCCUGACAAGUCACCUGGGCCAGAUGGAAUGACCUCAGCAUUUUACCAGAAAUUUUGGAGAAUAGUGGGUUGUGAUGUGGUGAGUUUUGUCAGGAAUUUUUUUAAUAUGGUGACUCUUCCUGAUGGGAUCAAUGAUACAAAUGUGGUUCUUAUUCCAAAAAAGAAGAAUCCAGAACAGUUGAGUGAUCUGAGACCGAUAUCUCUGUGCAAUGUCCUGUAUAAAGUGGCUUCUAAGGUUCUUGCUAAUCGGUUGAAACAAGUUCUGAAUCAGGUUAUAUCUGACUCCCAGAGCGCUUUUAUCCCUGGCCGUCUAAUAACAGAUAAUAUCAUAGUCUCGUUUGAAGUUUUGCACUAUCUUAAGAGGAAGCGAAGCGGCAAUGAUGGGUAUAUGGCUCUGAAGCUUGAUAUGAGUAAGGCGUACGAUCGUGUUGAGUGGCCUUAUUUGAAAUUUAUUCUCUCCCAGAUGGGCUUCUCUGAGAAAUGGAUUAAUCUUAUUGAUUGCUGCUUAUCAACUGUACGUUAUAGGGUGGUUUGUGGGAAUAGAGAAGUGGGACCUAUUUCUCCAGAUGGCAGCUACUUGUAUUGUAAGGCUACUGAACGUGAGGCAGGGAAUGUCUUGAAUCUUCUGAGGAUUUUUGAAAGGGUUUCAGGGCAGCAAGUUAAUCUAGCUAAAUCUUCAGUUUUCUUUAGCUCAAAUACUAGAUUUGAUGUGCGCCAACAAGUUUGCUUAAUGAUGGGGAUUCAGGAGGCCGAUGCAUACAGCAAGGAGGUCUUGUUGAAGACUGUUGUUCAAGCUCUUCCAAAUUACGCUAUGAAUGUAUUUCUUCUCCCUUUAGAGGUGUGUAAGGAUGUGGAGGGAAUGAUGAGUAAAUUUUGGUGGGGUUCAUCAUCUACCGCGUGGAGAGGGAAACAAGGUUGGAGAUUGUUAGUAAGAGACAACUCGCUUGUUGGCAAGGUGUUCAAGGCUCGUUAUUAUCCUAGAGGGUCCUUCCUUAGUGCUUCUUUGGGGUCUAAUCCGAGUUUCAUUUGGCCGAGCAUUUUGGAGUCCCAGAACUUAGUGGCUAAGGGCGCUCGAUGGAGUAUAGGAAGCAGUAAACGUAUUUCAAUUCUGCAUGAUCCUUGGCUACCAGACGAGAGUAGUCCGUGUGUUAUUCCUGAUCAUCCUGGAUUAAUUGAUAAAAAAGUGUGCAGUUUAGUCAGAGUUGAUAGAAAAGAAUGGGAUUUGGAAGUCAUUUCUGACAUGUUCGUGAGGAGGGAUAUUGAUCUGAUUUUAAGCAUUCCUCUGAGUGAUGAUUUUGACGGGGAUGCUUGGCAAUGGUCAAAGGAAACGUCUGGAAGCUAUUCUGUCCGUUCUGCUUAUAAGCUGAUUCAAGAGACUAAUGGUAGAUGGGCAGUUUCUGACAGUUUAGGAUUUUGGAGGAAGUUAUGGAAUUUGAAGAUUCCACCAAAGGAUAAAAAUAUUCUGUGGCGUGCGACAGUUGGGUGCCUUCCAACUAGUAUGCAACUGCAUUCUCGACAUGUGGAUGUGCCGCUUCUUUGUUUUGUCUGUAACUCUAGGAUGGAAUCUAUUCUACAUGCUUUGGUGACUUGUAAUUUUGCUCGUGGCUGUUGGGCUAGAGCUAAGGUAGGGGUCCUAGCAGGUCCAUUCACUGAGUUUGGUGAUUGGUUGGAAGAGGUGUUCUCCAAAGGCAAUUUUGAGAUCACCGCAGAAGCAAGAGUUUUAUGUUGGGAGAUGUGGAAGGCUAGGAACAAUUUAGUUUGGAACCAGAAGAGAUCUUCAGUUGAAGAGCGGCAAGGUGAUGGAAAUGAGCACUGGAAUUUACCCCGUUAUGAGAUUAUCAAGGUGAAUGUUGAUGCAGCUAUUUUUGCUCCUGAAGGAAAUUUUGGUGUUGGUUGUGUGGCGAGAGAUUCUGAGGGGCAUCUUAUUGAAGCUUUCUCGUCCUUGAAGGUUGGUAGAGUAAAGCCUUUAGAAGCCGAGGCUUUAGCCUGA